GAAUUGGGGCUGCCCCCCGGCGACACGCAGCAAGACGCCGUAUUCCCCAUCGCUAGCUAUCGUCCCAGCUUUUGAGUCCGGGUGAUCAUUGAACCGGCGCUAGAAUGGCUUUACUUCCCUACGAUGGUGCCAUGUUGCCAGGGCUCCGGAAGUUCCACGAGUCAUCUGCAACAUUUCACUUUGCCAAGCGGGACAUUGUGAUCCGACAGGACUGGAAGCAACUUGGGGUAGCAGCGGUGGUGUGGGACGCAGCAGUGGUGCUUUGCAUGUAUCUGGAACUGGGAGCUUUCCAGCUUGGAGAUCGUAAUGUUAUAGAGCUGGGGGCUGGAACUGGAUUGGUCGGAAUCGUCGCAACAUUGCUAGGUGCCAAGGUGACAAUCACAGACAGAGAUGUAGCCCUAAAAUUCUUAGAGUCAAAUGUCCAGGAAAACUUAAGCUCUGACGUCCUGCCCAGAGCACAGGUUAAAGAGUUAAACUGGGGUGUGAGUCUGGAGCAGUUUGAGCAAGGCAGUUAUGACAUGAUACUAGGGGCAGACAUUGUUUACCUGGAGGAGACGUUCCCUGCUUUGCUGGAGACUCUGGAAUACCUGAGUUCUGAACGGACGACGAUCCUACUUGCCUGUCGCAUCAGAUACGAACGGGACGAAACAUUCCUGAGGAAUCUUCAAGAGCUAUUCACCGUUGAGGAAAUUCACUAUGACGCUGAGAAGGACGUUCAUGUCUAUAAGGCCCAGAAGAGAACAGUCAAGGAAGACCUCUGAACAAAUAGACUGUUUAUUUGGGACAAUACCUCUUAACCACAGUACUCUGUGUAGGACGGUGCCCACCGAGAGUAUAAUUGCCGUUCGUGUUUAAGUGUUUUUCCCCAAAUCUUUCUUCUUGUUUUGGGAGUUUGUUUUAUGCCCCGAACUAAUGAAAAGUUGGUUCUAGCUCUACCAAUUUACCAGUUGGUAAAUCUAUUCCCUCCAGGGAAAUUGAGCCACACAAACCCAGGUCUCAAGUUUGAACCCUGAUCUGUGCUGAUAUCAGCUGAGUUAACAGCUGGGAUAUUACAGUUAGUAUCAGUCCUGAACCACUCAAUUAGUUUGUAGCCUGCAUCUUACUCCCAGCUUCCUUGGAUAUCUCAAUUACAUAUCAGCCUGCAAUUCAUUGCUGGGUAAUAUUGAACCUCUCGAUUUGAUACAAGCCUGUAUUCAUUCCCGAGUAUAUCAAAUCUCUAGCUUAGUUUCAGUCUUUAACUCCCCC